GGACUUACAUUCAUCGAGCAGCGAGCUGAGAAUUCUAAUAUAAUUGAUCCAAGUUAAAUACGCAUUGAGAAAAUGCUGAGAAUUUAUUGUUGGCUGCUUUGUUGUGCAGCGCUGGUCACGCUAGGCCAGUCCACGAAGGUGGAGAACACCGAGGCCAGCAGCAGAAGCAGCGCCAGCGCCACAGAGAGCCCUAUCCCCAAGUCGACAGCAUUUCAAGAUGUUAGCACGGAGGCUGUUCGUACUACUGCAGCACCUACUACAACUACAGAACAAUCUCAAAGCAACGCAGCGAAUGGAUCGAAUCUAACGCUGCCCAUGGUCAUCAAUACAUGGAAAUUCCCAGAGGCCAAUGCGUUGGCGUGGCGUAUACUCAAGCAGUCGGAGGGAGGGCUGCGGCAGACACGGAACGCCGUCGUCGAGGGCUGCACCAAGUGCGAGCAGAUUCAGUGUGACGGAACAGUCGGCUACGGCGGGUCGCCGGAUGAGCUGGGCGAAACCACCUUAGAUGCCAUGGUCAUGGAUGGGGCGACUAUGGAUGUGGGAGCUGUGGCCGGUUUAAUAGGCGUCAGGGAUGCCAUACGUGUAGCUAGAUACGUGUUGGAGCGCACAACACACACCAUGUUGGUGGGACAAGGAGCAACGAACUUUGCCGUGGCUAUGGGAUUCCGCACUGACUCGCUGGUAACGCCCGAGUCGCGAGCCAUGUGGCAGCAAUGGAAAGCACAGAAUUGCCAACCAAAUUUCUGGCAGCGGGUCAAUCCGGAUCCGAAGAUCUCGUGUGGUCCUUACGCGCCCAAGGCAACGCCCCUGACUCGCUGGAAAGAGGAUCGUGCUCGCACCGAGUAUAAGAUUGGCCAGCAGCAUCACGAUACCAUCGGCAUGGUGGCCAUCGAUGCCAAUAACCAAAUACACACAGGCACCUCCACCAACGGGGCCCGCAACAAAAUUCCCGGUCGAGUAGGCGAUUCACCCAUUGCCGGGGCCGGCAGCUAUGCGGACAAUGAAGUGGGUGCAGCUGUGGCGACGGGCGAUGGCGACAUUAUGAUGCGCUUUCUGCCCACAUUCGUGGCCGUGGAGGCAAUGCGGGCUGGUAAGGCGCCCGCCGAGGCAGCUGCCGAGGCUGUCAAGCGAAUCGUAAAGCAUUACAAGGACUUUGCAGGCGCAGUCAUUGCGGUAAACCGACUGGGACACUACGCAGCCGCCUGCUACGGCAUGCCCGACUUCCCUUUUGUCGUCAGCAGCCCGGCUGAGGCAACUACAGUGAAGACAGUCAAGUGCAUGCCGGCUAACGCGGAAGGUAAUGUUGUUUCACUAUCGAAACCCGUAAAGAGUUCCGUGAAAGCCAUAUUUAUUUUCCAUAAUUUGAAAUCGAUUUGCGAUUCUAUAUGGUUUAUCAAAGAAAUUUCGGUUCCCAACAGCUGAACAAACUGCGAUAAGCGCCUGAUAGCAAUGGAUUAUCGAAUAAUGGUUUGUCGACAAAA